UUUCACUGUCCUUCAACUCUCCAACCAGCUGGUAAGGUUCACCCUCCUGACGACUGCCCGACUACGGUUCCCAAACGGAGGGCUUUGCUCUAACUUCUGCUUUCCGUAUUCUUCUCUCUGCUGCACUACGGAAGUAAUGAUCGCAGGUUUAGGCCAAGACCAGUGCUGAGAACAAACAUCGGUGGCAAACCCUUGUCAUCCCACGGAGACGGGUUUUUUAUCCCCAUCAUGGCUUUGACCAACCAACCAGGCAGGUACCAACCCUCUGACUUCCAGACCGGCCUGCUUAAUGUCUGCGAUGACUGUGGAACUUGUAAGCAUUUUUUUUGUUUUUUGCUGCUAGGGUUUUUAUGCUCCAUGUGCCUGGGCUGCUCCUUUGCCAGUGACAUGGACGAGUUUUGCCUGUGCGGCCUGAGCAUGUCCAUCCUCAGCGUCUACAGGACCAAAUGCAACAUCAGAGGGUCGAUGUGUGGUGAUUUUAUGGCGGUCACGUUUUGCCCGUUCUGUGCCACCUGCCAACUGAGGAGAGAUAUUGACCGCAGGAAGGAGCAAGGCAUUUUCUGAGCGGGUAAGCCUGUGGUGACAGCUCCAAAACAGGCCAACAGGAGCAGACCUCAUACAGACCAUCUCCUGACGACUUGUGCCAUCUUUAAGCUUAUGGACGUGCUGAAGUAAAGGAGAAUCCCGUGUUUACUUUAUGCCUUCUAGAUGCUGGUGUGACUCUAGAGGAGUUGUAAAUCUGCUGGAUUGCUGUGCCGUUGAAGCAAUGGUAGACACAACCCCUUCUCCUUCUGAAGCAUUCAGCGCAUUACAGCCAUCAAUGAUGUUGGAAAUCGACUAUUCUUGUGAUUUUUUUCCUUUGUUAUCCAUCAUCCUCCUCUGAGGGGUUUUGUGUGUUGCCCUGAGCAGGUGACUGGAUUCGGAUACUGCAGACAGGAUCGCUGCAUGUACAGAUUUUUGAACUGUUUUUUCCUUUUGAUAACACCAGUCUGAAUCUUUAUUGCAGGUAUAUUUUAUAUGCACAAACUACAUAUGAAUAAACAGCUUCACCUUCAGCAAUCACCUCAGGGGUGGGAAAUAUAUAUUAAGUAGACCCUGUUGAACUUCUGAUUUGGAUACUAAAUGGUUGUAAUGUCUUUAAAGUUGUACCUUUAGUAAAAAAAAAAAAAAACCCUUUUAAUUUCAAAUAGUACACGUAGUCCCUUGUUUUCUUCCUUGACUUGACUGUGGAUACUCCAGCCUUGUGACUAAACCUGGUUUAAGUU